AUGGGGGUCUGCGCUGUGUCGGCGGAGGGCCUUACUACACGCGAUGCUCCACCGUUUGCCAUCAUAGGUGGUGGAAUUCGUGUGACGCGGGGGAUUCGGAGUGGGUGCGGCGUGCGCUCCAAUGAGUGCCAAACCCCGGCUGUCUGUGCCCGUGUUACGUUGAGCAUGAGCGCGUGUGUGCAUGCGCGGCAGGGCGUCAGCGACGACCAUAAGUCAGGGGCGACGGGGAGGGUGAGGCAUAGGGCACGGGAUGGAAAGGGGGUUUGUAAGAGUGCGCGCCAGCACUACCCGUUCACUCCGCAAAGGCAGCUUUCUCACACCCUCCCAGCGGCUUACCUCCACUCGCCCUUUCCCAAACACUCUCGACGGUUCCCCAUCCCUCCCUCACCCUCAUCAGUCAUCUCCACCCCUGCAUUCUCCCUUUUCGCCCCGUCUCCCCACCUCUCCCCCUUCCCUCUCCUCCCCCUCUCCCCCCCAACCGCCUCGUCCCCUCCCCCCCACAGCGAUCUACAGGACGCGCGUCUCACGGGCGAUCUGCCCGCCGCCGUCUUCGAUCUCACCGCGCUGCGCUUGCUGUCAGUCCCGCCGCCCGCGCCCUCCUCGUCCUCCCACCCCCUGGAACCGCCUUCUCCUCGUCGCCCCGCUGUUCCCACUCGCUCACGCCACUUGCACGUUGCCCGAUGGGUCCCAGAUAGUCACAAAGGGUCCCAGAUAGUCACAAAGGGCCCCCAGGAGGCCUCAAGAGUCCUCGAGAGUCACGCACACAUCACCCCUUCCAUCCGCCUCCCACACACUGCACGCAUCACACAGCCAGCUGCCACGGCAUUGCUACACACACACCCUACCGCCAACCGCUCGCCUUCCCACUCACCCUCACACUCGCCUCCUUUGGCCUCCCCUUGCCACUCUUCCUGUGCCCCCCGCGCCCCCCCUGGCAGCAAUCUGGCGCUGAACCCGAAGCUCACAGGCAGCCUGCCGGACGCCCUUGGCAACCUCGCCCACCUCACGCUGCUCGACGUGCACGGGUGCAACCUCACAGGGUCCAUCCCAUCCACAGUGGGGCGGUUGGCGAGCCUGCGGUUCUUCCUGGCGAACCAGAACGGGCUGUCGGGGUCCAUCCCAUCCACCGUGAGCGCCAUGCAGCGGCUGUACAUGUGGGACAUCAUGGACAACCGCAUCGAGGGGGUCGUGCCCUCCUUUGUGGGCGCCAACGAGCUCGGUCACCUCCACAUGAGUCGCAACCUGCUCACCUCAGUGCCGGCGCACAUCAGCAGACUACCCAAGCUAGAGCACGUGCUGGUGGACAGCAACCGCCUCACCCAUCCCAUCCCAGCGGCCUUCAACAACACCAACCUCACUGUCAUCUACUGGAGCAACAACGUGCUGCCCAGCCUGCCCUCCACGUGGUUCCUCCCCCGCCUCAAGGACUUCCUCGUCAGCAACUGCUCACUACCAUCCCAGCUGCUGCCAUCCUUCCCACUCUCUGCCGGCCUCGCCAACCUCGACCUGAGCAGCAACAGCUUCACAGGCGCCAUUCCCCCGACGCUCUUUUGGAACAACCCCAACCUCAUCAACCUCAACCUGGCCAACAACAUGCUCACCGGCCACCUGCCUCAGCAGAUCGCCAAUACCUCCCGGCUGCAGUCCCUGUUCCUGGCGGACAACAACCUGACGGGCGCCAUUCCGGACAUGGCAGGGCUGCCAAGCCUGGUGGCGCUCUCCCUCUACGACAACGACUUCACUGCCGUGCCGCCCGCCCUGCUCAACCACACCAACGUCACUCUGCAACUAUACGGCAACGACCUGUGCAAGCCCUUCCGCGCGGAGAUCGUGCAGCAGUGCUCCCCGCCGCGCCCGCUCACGCAGUACACAGCGAGCGCCAUCUGCCCCGAGCUCGCGUGCGCCAGCGACCUCUUCCGCCCCAGCCAGCCGCUGUUCCGCGACGCCAGCGAGUGCGUGUGCGUGUCGCCACUGCGCGCCGAGCUGGGGCUGUACCUCACGGACCUCGUGGUGUUCUCCGCCGACCUCGUGGAGGGCCUGGAGGACAAGCUCUUCUCGCAGCUCACCACCCGCGCGCACAUCAACAUCACGCGCUAUCAGGUGCAAGUGACGGGCAUCAGCAGCCGCGCAUCGCUGGCAUCACUGGCAUCAACAUUCGCCUCAGACCACACCACCCACGAGUCAACGCUCAUCAUCACCGCGCUCUUCUUCCCGCCCGCCGGGGACGACUCCUGGCUCCCAAGCGACACGCCGCGCGCCAUCCGUGCGGCGCUCUCCACGCGCGACCCGCUGCUGCGCGCCAACCUGGACGAGUUCGGGUCGUACCGCGUUGAGGCCUUCUACGGCCCCGCCCCGUACAAGCCCCCCGAGCAGGCCUCGUCAGCGCUGGGCCCGGGGGCCAUCGCGGCCAUCGCCAUCUGCUGCGCCACCCUCGUCAUCGCCCUCGUGCUCGUGCUGCUCUUUCGUCCCUGGGAGAAGCGAGGGUGGAGCAGCGCGGACUACUCGUUGCUGGAGGGCAUCAGCCUGCAGCACGCGCGGCGCUACUCGCUGCAGCAGCUGCACGACGCCACCCACGGCUUCGAUGACCACCGCGUGCUGGGGCAGGGCGGAUUCGGCAAGGUGUACCAUGGGGAGCUGAACGGGGAGGCGGUGGCGAUAAAGAAGGCGACGGAGAAGCACCGGCAUGACGGGGCGGACUUCAAGAACGAGAUCGAGCUGCUCACGGCCGUGUCGCACGGCAACCUGGUGAAGCUCACCGGCUUCUGCGUGGAGAAGGACGAGCAGCUGCUCGUGUUCGAGUUCAUGGAGGGCGGUGCUCUGGACGCGUGGAUCAAAGGCAAGAUGAGUCGCAUGCUGACGUGGCGGGAGCGGAUGCACAUAGCUCUGAACGCGGCGAGUGCGCUGCACUACCUGCACCGGGAGAUGCGGCCUGCCAUCGUGCACCACGACAUCAAGCCGGCGAACAUCCUGCUGACAGCGGCGCUGGAGGCGAAGGUGGCGGACUUUGGCAUCUCCAAGUCCAUGCCUGAGAGGGGCGAGCUCGUGCCCGACGAGAUCGUGGGCAGCAAGGGCUACAUCGACCCAUACUUCGUGCAUUCAGGAGUGCUGACGGAGAGCAGUGACGUGUACAGCUUCGGGGUGGUGCUGCUGCAGCUCGCCACGGGGCAGCCAGCGCUCAUCCAGCACGUGCCGCUCAGCCAGGUCGUGCUGCACCUCGCCUUCGGCCCCCAGGGCCUCUCCUCCGUCGUUGACCCGCGCCUCCACAACGCCCUCCUCGCCGCUGCCGCCGCCGCUGAUGGCUCCAAUGCUUCCGCGGCCGCCGCUGCUGCGGGUGUAGUUGCUGGCGGUGCGGGGGAGUGGGAGGAAGGGGGAGUGAGUGCGCGGGAGAUGGUAGCCGGGCUGGAGGAGACGUUCAGCACGUUCCUGCGGAUCGCGCUGUGGUGCACCACGGAGCACCCCACGCUGCGCCCUGACAUGGAGCAGGUGGUGUCGGAACUGCGCAGCAUCCGAGACCAGCUGGGAGCGGGGAUGGCUGGGGGAGGCAGCAGCAGCAGAAGCCCGCGUGGGACCCCGAGUGGCUUCACCACGCCCUCGUCCUUCCACGGGUCGCUGCCUCCCCUUGACGCCAGUGCUUUCAGCAGCCCCAGCGUGACAGAGGAGCAGAGCAUGAGCGGCACACAGGAGUACACGUGGAGCGGUUAUAGCGCCGCACAGGGGCCUGCUUCUCAUCCCAGCUAUCCCCCUGCCACCUCUGCUGCUGGUGGUGGUGGUGGUGGUGAAGCGUCACCAGGGACCCACAGGCAGCAAGCGGCACAGCAGCAACAGGGCGCGGCACGGGGGGCGGGUGGAUUGGCUCCCCUAUGGGGCCCUGGCCUUGUCGCUGGGGUGCACCCCCCUCCAUCCAGUGCCGCCCAGGGGGAUGCGGCGAUGGGAAGGGGGUACGCUGGGGGCGUGCCUGGUGCAGCUGGUGGAGUCACAGACGAGGAACAAGGGCACACUGAGACGAUCACGGGGCCACGUGCUCGGUAG